AUGGAGGCCCCGCCCAAGCAGCUUGCCAGUGCACUCGAGGGCUUGAACCGAGCCAUCCGGCUGAUUGCAGAUGUCCGCUCUGGAGCGGAUGCGCUGCUCGAGGCAUUCGACAGUGCGGACAGCCUGCGGGUAAUAGCAAGCGCGCUAGGCGCACUAGGCGCUGAGGUUUUGUGCGUGGAUACAGCCAAGGAGCUGGAGUCGGCGGGGGUGUUUGUGGGUGCCCAGCAGCGGUAUCAGGACAACCAGCCAUGGGGGCUCCAGGUGCCAGUGGUGUGCCCCGACGGAGCGCUGGUAGCCUACUCGUGGAAGCGCCAGAUUGCGGGCCAAGCUGCGGCAUCUGCAGUUGAUCGGACUAAGCUUGCCCUCAGAUCGUUUUGCGAGCAGAAGAAGCGCUUCCUUCCACACAUGGCAAAGGCGGCGGCCAAGGGUGAUGAGGAGCCGCGCAACACACCAGCACACUCGCUGCCGGACGUGGUGAAGCGCUGCCUCCAGGAGGCCCCAGGGAUGUCCAUCACUCCGCACUCGCGCCUCGCCAAGUCACCCUCGUGUCAAGUGCACGAUGCUGCACUGCUCCAUGUCGCCAUCCCUGGUGUGCUCAGGGCAGUCAUCUCACUGCUCCCGGCUGGCUCUCCCAAUCCGGAUGCGAUUGCCAUCUACUCGCCCAACGAGCCGCACAUGGACGCGUGGGGAGCCUCCACGCAUCAGACGUUCCAACGGAUUUCAGAGUGCGCAACCAACGCAAUGCACCACUUUACGCGCGUUGCCAAUGCCUCGGCCACCCUCCUCCUCCUCCUGACGUGGCUCUUCUCCUAUCGCUCUCUCUUUGCCAAGCCUUGCAAGCAGUGCCGUCGUUUGUUAGCGCCCGAUGGCGGCUCCAACGUGCCCUUGCCCCCAACACACCGGACGUAUGCGGAUGGCAACGAGCACGAAGCGUACCACCCCGGUUGCGUUGCUUUGUAAAAGACAGGCAUUCUUAUUCACGAGCACAAGCAAUACAGAUCUACUUGCGGUA